AUGGUUGAUUUUUACAAACAAAAAAAAAAGACUGUUAAAAUCAUACCUUUCUCGGCCUUUUGGCUAAGAUCAAGUGUAGUAUCUGUUCUUAUCAGUUUAAUAUCUGAUACGUGGGUCAAUGGUCCACUAGAUAUUAAAGUUAUUUUUUAUGGGGGAGGGUCCGCUACAGUAGCUUGCUAUUGGGGUUCUCUUGCGUUGUCUGUGCGUUGCACUACAGCACUGGCCUGGCGCACCCCUCCAAUCCCAAUUUCAAGGUUUCAAUCGGGUAGAUCAGCCGCCUUUGUACUAAAGUUGGCGAGUAGCAGCGAACUCAUGGUGCAAAUUGAACUAUUUGAGACCACACACGAGAGGCUAAGAGCUGAAUUGCCUGGAAAAUGCAGUCCUGUGGAUAGGAUAAAUCACAAGAGACAAAACCUGUAUCUGCGUCCCGUCCUCAGGUCCAUUUACGUGUCCUCAUCUCUACCUGUUAAACAAACAAAUAGGCACCACCUGCUAAUCCCACCCUCGACGUGCCUCGAGAUUAGCUCCCUCCUUCUCAACGACUUCUACUGA